AUGGCUACCUCAAAGGAAGACUUUGACGCGGUCAGAGAAUGGUUGUUGGCCGAAGUCAAACUCGAUAGGUAUGCUGAGAAACUUGAGUCAAACGGCUUUACAUCACUGGAGACCUGUUGCUCAAUAAACGAAGAUGCCCUUGAUAAGAUGGGAAUCGUCAUGCCAUAUCAUCGAAAAAGAUUUCUUAUGUUUACGGAGAAACUCAGGGAAAAACUUGGUAUGGAUUUCACGAACGAGGAAGAUGGCAGUGUCAGCCCGAACACGGACGUAACGACAGACAGGUCUGAAACGGGAACUGAGCAGCAGGACUCGCUCAUAAAUUUUGUUAGCGAAGACGAAAGUGUAAGUGCUUGUAAUGAUCAGCUUCCGAAGGAAGACAGUUGUGAAAUUACCAAAGGUGAAGGCCUUGAUACUAAAGUUCCUGACGUUCCUUUACUUCCACCGAAGAAAAAAUCCAGCUCUUUGAAAGCACCUCCUCCUAUUCCGCCAAGAGCAGAUUUAGAAGAAAGAGAGAUACCCUCUAAAGAGACUUCCAAAGUUUCAGAUACUCCUCUACAAGAUGCUAAGCAUGUGGAAGUGGAUCAACUCCAAGUUCAAUCAAAACAACCUGAUGUUCCAGCAAAAAGGGCCCCCUUAAAACCUCCCAGGAGAGUGAUUAGGACCUCACAGAGUAGUGUACAGAAUGGUAUGCAAGAACAAGAUAUGAUUUCUUGUAAUUCUAAUGCUGAUAGUGUUGCAAAUAUUAGUUCCUCUGAUGAGAAAGAACCUCAGGUGCAAAUGAAUUCAACCUCAAGCUGUCCUGUAUUGCCUAACACAGACAAUCGAAGUGAUGAAGCAAGCUCCACUCUGCAGAGUAAUGAAGAAACAGCUGCAGCAACAACUGAGCCAAGGGUAGUGCCAAAAGCACCCGAGAGGCUAUCAGCAAAAAGACCAACACCUGCACCACGACCACGAAAAAGAAGACAAUCAGAAGACAAUAUAUUAGUGUCAGAUUUAGUUACAGAUGGUGAAUCAGAAGGAGGCAGCAAGAAUAUGUGUUCGGCAGUGUUAAAUGAUGCUUCGGAAAAGAGAACACAAUCAUUAUCUCUAUCUGGAAGAGGAAGCGAUCUUGCAAAUUCCUCUGCGGGAAAACCAUCAACGCUACCAAGAUCUGCAUCAGCUAAACAAAGGCCUGCCCCUCCACCCCCUCCCACACGUCAAACAGGUUCACUGAAAGAUCUCCCUAAAAGGCAGAUAUGUGAUCUACCACUACCACCUGUUCCUGUCACAGGAAGUACGAACCAUCGGCAAAAUAAAUUGAUCAGUGCUCCUCACCAAGGUUAGCUUGCUUCUUUGGUAAUUUUUUGAGAACUGAACUCAACUGAGCUAUCACACACAUGGAUCUUUGUAUGAAGCAGAUCCCUACCUAUCUUAAGAAAUUCGUUGCUUCAUAAUUUGGUGUUUUGGCAAGAGAACUCUCCUUAGUUGAAAAGUUUUUCCAUUGUCAUCGCUCAUUUUGUAGGAUAAAAACAACAACAGAUUCUAUUUUCUAUUUGGUCUAUAUUAUAUACCUCAGCCACAGACAAGUUAUGUCUGUUAAUGUAAUUAGUUUGUUACAUCCCUCUACACCCUAACAUCAGUAUGUAUUAUCUCCACACUGUUCUCUAUACAUUUCCUAUAGUGCUGACAAAGAGAAUUUGUUUAACAAUCAAGAGCUUCCUUAGUUGGUGAUCAUUUCCUUUAUUCUCAUGACCUUAAUGUUUGUUUUAGGAGUGAUACUGACAGGAGAAAAUAGUCACUAAUCACUCUUAGGGAUUAAAGGGUUAAUUUCAGUAUCCAUAUUCUCCACACUCUUUUUGAAACAUUUCCUUUGGUACUGACAAGGAGAGUUGAAUUAACAAUAAAAACUUCUUAGGUUCGCGAUCAUUUAUUUUGUUCUUGUGAUCUCAAAGAAUGAUUCAGCAGGAGAAAUUAGAUGCUGGUGACAUUUCAAAGGGUUAAGGGACUUGUCAGAAAUUAGCAGGGGGGGAAACAGAGGGGGGGUCACAACUUUUUGAGCCUCAGAAAAGGGAGGGGUCAUGAAAAAUGGGCAGUUAAAAGGGGGAGGGUCAUGCAAAUAUAUGCCCGUGAUCAUGUAGAGGUUCACCCACAGAAGAAAAAGGAAGUUCUUUAUUUGGCAAAAAAAAGAGAAAAAUACAACGGUUUACAGAACGUUAUAGAUAUAAACUGUGAAGUACUAUAGCAAGAAUUUAACAAACAUGUACUUUUCAUUUAUAACAAUGCUAUAUAGUCUUAUUGAAAUUAUGAAUAAUGUAUACAAGAGGGGGAGGGUCAUGAUAUUUUAGGCCAAGCUCAAGGGGAGGGUUAGCAAAUUUCACUCCCAUUGCAGGGAUGGGUCACCUAAUUUCCGAACCCAAAUUUAAAAUUCCCACCCCCCCUCCCCCCCCUGCUAAUUUCUGACAAGUCCCUAAGAGAGAAAUCAGAGGAAGAGAAAUUAUUGUUUUCAGGUUUCACAGAAUAUUGCAUAUAAUUUAACCCUUUAACUCCCUUGAGUGACCAAGACAGAAUUUCUCUCUACAUUAUUAAUACAAUAUCAACCAUGUAAGUGAUGAGAAUAAAGAAAACUACCAAUUUGGGGAUAAUUAGUUGAUCCAAUACUGAAUCCUCUGAACUAACAUUAUAAGAAUUGUAUGGUUGGCAGUAAGGAGAAUUACAAAUUUGGUCUGGGAGUUAAAGGGUUAAUUAUAUUAUAGGACGUUAGUAGGUAUAGCUGAUUUUAAUCUUACUUAGGGUUUGGGUUAGGGUUGGAUAAAAUUUUUAUCCAUGAAGAGUCACCUGUUUUUUGAAAGAGUCAGGAUAAUCUUUAAAUUUAUUGCUUUGAUACAUUUUAACAGGACCAUCAGAGCCAGUGAAAGCUCAAUCAGAGUCAACAGAUGAAUAUUCACUGGUUCAACCAUUACCACGGAAGACAUCACAAAUGAAGUCUCAACCAGAGUCAACAGAUGAAUAUUCACUGGUUCAACCAUUACCACGGAAGACAUCACAAGUGAAGUCUCAACCAGAGUCAACAGAUGAAUAUUCACUGGUUCAACCAUUACCACAGAAGACAUCACAAAUGAAAUCUCAACCAGAGUCAACAGAUGAAUAUUCACUGGUUCAACCAUUACCACAGAAGACAUCAACAAUGAAAUCUCAACCAGAGUCAACAUAUGAAUAUACAGAGGUUCAACUGUUACCACAGAAGACAUCACCAGUGAAAUCUCAACCAGAGUCAACAUAUGAAUAUUCAGUGGUUCAACCAUCACCACAGAAGACAUCACAAGUGGAGUCUUCACUAUAUGAAGAAGUUUGGAAAGGAGAUCCAAGAGAGUAUCAGAGAAAUAAUGAUACAGCUGAAAUUGAAUAUGAAAGUGAUGAUUCUCUGGAUCCAUGGUGUGCAGAUUUGCCAGAAAUGAAAAAGGCAAGUCAAAACAUGAAAUCUCUCUUACAUUGGGGCAGUGCUUUAUCAUAGCCUGGGACUAACCUUUGUCUUAAGCUGACUUUUAAAAAGAUUUUUAGGGCUGUGUUUUUUCACAGAUUUUUUCAGGGCCUCCAGGCACCAAGAAGGUACUUUAGAGCACAGAAUUUAUUUUCAAUUUGAUCCCUUUUACUUUAACCCUUAACUCCCAAGAUCUCAUUAGCAAUUCUCCUUACUGUCUCCCAAACAAUUCUCAUCAUGUUAGUUUGGAGAAUUUGGUAUUGGAUCAAUUAGUAAUCCUAUAAUUGAUAUUUUUCUUUAUUCUCAUCACUUGUCUGCAUAGUAUUGAACAGAUAUAGUAAGGAGAAAUUCUGUCUUGGUCACUCACAGGAGUUAAAGGGUUAAGUAGAACAGACUACGAACUCCUCUCAUUAUAAUAGUUGGGUGUCUAUUCUUAGUCAGAAGUCGAUAGCUUCAUUAACAUGUUCAUAGUUAAAGUGUGCAUUUCCUGCGACUCUUUUCACCCUAAUAUCAGUGUGCAUAUUCUCCAUUUCCUAUCAUACUGACAAUGAUAAUUUGUUCAACAAUCAAGAGCUUUUUUGUUCAGCGAUCAUUUCCUUAAUUCUCAUGACCUUAAUGUUUGAUUUAGGAGACUUUCUGUAGGGAGAAAUUAGGUGCUAGUCACUCUUAGAGGUCAAAGGGUUAAAGGUGCACCAUAAGUGAACUGACCAACCUGGCUGGGCAGUCUAACUUGUGGUUUGUGACAGUAAAUGACUCUGAACUACAUGACAGUAAAUGACUCUGAACUACAUGACAGUAAAUGACUCUGAACUACAUGACAGUAAAUGACUCUGAACUACAUGACAGUAAAUGACUCUGAACUACAUGACAGUAAAUGACUCUGAACUACUUGACAGUAAAUGACUCUGAACUACAUGACAGUAAAUGACUCUGAACUACAUGACAGUAAAUGACUGAACUACAUGACAGUAAAUGACUCUGAACUACAUGACAGUAAAUGACUCUGAACUACAUGACAGUAAAUGACUGAACUACAUGACAGUAAAUGACUCUGAACUACAUGACAGUAAAUGACUCUGAACUACAUGACAGUAAAUGACUCUGAACUACAUGACAGUAAAUGACUCUGAACUACAUGACAGUAAAUGACUCUGAACUACAUGACAGUAAAUGACUCUGACCUACAUGACAGUAAAUGACUCUGAACUACAUGACAGUAAAUGACUCUCAACUACAUGACAGUAAAUGACUCUCAACUACAUGACAGUAAAUGACUCUCAACUACAUCUAUGUUUUGUUCUUAAACUGAAGGCUUUGAUGCCAGUCUUAUUGAAGUCUCCAACUAGUAUUACUUCUCAAUAUUUUUUAGAGAGGUGACAGCACAGAGAAUGUGGACUACAGUAAGGCAAUACCAAACAGCCUAAGUCCAAGGGUAAGUGUCCUGGUCUAGAAGAGACAUUUUUCAUUCAUAUGUAGUUCUUGAUUUUCAUCAUAUGUAUUUGGUAAAACAAUGGACCUCUAUAUUCACAGACUUUCAUCUGAUUUGAUGAUGGGGUACUUUUUUUUUUACAGUAAAGCUGAAAUGGAAGUUUAACCAUUCAACUUUGAAGAUUUGUUUGUUACUUUUCCCCUUCAGCUGCUACACAUUUCCUUUUGAAUAAGUGAUGAGAAUUUGGUGUCCCAGAUCAUGAUGACAUCUUCUGACUGAUAAUAAAUAAUGGAUAUUAUAGGGAAAAGUUAAUACAUGGUAAUCACUUCUGAGAUUUUAAGGGAUAUUUACAGUCAAGGGUGAACUUUUUGAGAAGCUAAGGGAUUUUGGUAAAACUCAACAUCUCAUCAGUAAACAUUCCUUGUUCUUGCUUCUUGUAGGUUCGUAAAAGUGAAGGAUACCUUUGGAAGCAAGGAGGGUAAUUACAGAAAGUAUUGCUGAGUAUUUUUAUGAGAUAUGCUGUAUUUUGACGAGCCUGUAGGGCAAGUUGCAAUACAAACUACUCAUAAAAAUACUCAGCAAUCCAAUACACCCGAACAUCUAAUGUGAUAUUUUAUUUUAUUAUACAUUAGAAUUACUAUGAAAACUCUGAUGGUCAAAAGCAUACAGUCAAUAAACAGUGGCAGGUGAAGUUGACAUGAUAACCCAAUAUUUGCAGCAGAUAUUGGGUUAUCAUGUCAAAUUCAAAGUCUGCCAAGUUUCCAAGCCCCUUAUCUGUGUAGCGUUCGCAAACUUUUGUAUACUCAUAGAGAAGCAUCUUCUUUUGCAGAUUGUCUGAAAGAUAUUUAAUAAAACAAUUAUUGAAUGUAAUCAAGCCUUGUGUUUGUGCUUUGAGUAACUCAGACCUGCACUUUGAUAAUUCAUGAUGUCAUGCUCAGCCUCAUCCAAUAAUUGCUUAUUAAUAACUAGAUAUGAAAGUUGCAAAAUCAGAUACACAACGAAAAUUUACCACAGAAGUGACUUGUAAAGUCAUGCAGAGUUCAGUACUCACAUGAGAAUUUCUCUUCUAUUUUAGACAAAAGAACAAUAAGGGAUGGAGAAAACGGUGGUUUGUUUUUGAUGGCAAGGACCUAAGAUACUACAAGGAUAAGGUAAGUUUUGUUCGCAAAAAAAAUUGUCCUAAAAGAUGAGGCUGUUUUGUUUUGAAAGUUUCUGUAGCAUGAAGCGACUUACAAGUAUUGGUUGCCCCCCUCCUAGAUAGGAUCCUACUCCAUUACAGAUUACCCCAUUCAUUUGGUAAUUCUCAAAGUUUCCCUAUCAGUUUUCUGGCACCCAUCUAGCCAGUCAUAUUGCUUUAUUUGUGAUAAAAUGCUGGUAGACUUCAACCAAUUCUUGCUAGUAUUUAUUUAUGAAAUGACUUGCAAGUGUCUUGUUAUGCCAACUAAGGUUUUUUUUUUGGUGAAACUGCCCAGACUAACUUUAUUUGUGAAAUGACUUGCAAGUGUCCUAUUUUGUCAACUAGGUAAUUUUUUGGUGAAACUACUUGGAAUAACUUUAGUGUUUGUUAAAUUUCAGGAUUCCCUGACUGAGUCUCUUCAUAUAAUUCCUGUCAGUCAGAUAAAGGACAUUGAAAAUGUGAAAGAUGUAAGUAUUUUGCCAUACAACUGUUGUUACAAUCCAGUGUUAUUAACACAAAACUGACAAAUCUGAUUACUGGAAACAAGCAAUGACUUUUUUUUAAUUGUUCAACAUCUUUGCUUACUGUGGUCUGUGGCAAUGAUUGGCACAAUUUGGAUUAAGUUGAAAUCAUUGUUUGUUUCUGAUAUUAUGACUAUUCAAUUUCAUUCACUAUUAGUAGUGAACAUACCAUAAUCACAAAGGUGACAUUACAAUUGGUUGAAUAGCUCUUGGUUCCGAAAGUUUAACAAGCACAAUGACUAUGACAGAAACACGUUUCUUUUGUUUUCUCACUUUGUGGCCAUGAAAUAGCUAUGCUGAGCCUAAAUAUUCAAAUGCAUUCUAUUUGUAACAAUUCAUUCUAACUUUCAUAUUUUUAGGAAAAACGUUCAACAUUCAAAGUGAUAACUCCAAACAGGACUUUCAUUUUUGCAUCAGAAAACAUCAGUAAGUUACUUUUGUAGUUCCUUUUUUUUCCACCUCUGAUUGAUGUUUGUUUUAUUGAUUUUACCUUUUAGGGUUAAGAAACAAUUGCGUAUAAUAAUUAAAUGAUCUUAGAAAAAAAUAAAUUUUCACUUAAAUAUUGAUUUUUUAAUAACCUUUUUGAUACCAUGUAUAAACUACUUUAAGUGGGUGAUUAUUGGUAUUCAUUCUUGUAAUGUUUUUGCUCUUUUCUCUAGCGGAAAUGAAUCUCUGGUCUCAAACUCUUAUGGAGGCAAUCAUUGGCUGCAAGGUGAGGGUGAACUAAGAGUGGAAAAUUAAAUUGAUGCUGAUAAACAGCUGAAAAUGUAAGACAGAUUCCUUCUUGAUUUUCAAAAGGAUGAAAAUUACAGAGUUAAGUACUGAGUCUGAGUCUGAAAUUCCUGGAGGAGAAAGGGAAUACGAGAUUAAAAAGAGCAGUAAAGAACUGCUGAUUAAUUCCAGAAAAGAAAAACCGGAAAGAAGGCUGGAGCUAAUUGUUUACCUUAAGUAAAGAUAAUUCUGGUCAAUAUCAGUAUCUGGGCAACUGCCCACCUACCCCUCCCCUAACCCAACAUUAACCCUAAGUUGUUAUCAAUUGACUGUUGUUGAGUUUGGGGAGGGGUAGGUGGGCAGUUGCCCAGAUACUGAUAUUGAUCUGAUAAUUCUCUUAUGAUGUCAUGGCAGCCAUAUUGGUCACCAAUAAACAACGAAGUGGUGGAAAAUAACUUUCUGCGGCUGCUUGCUACAAAAGUGAAAAUGUUAUGUAAAGAUUACUAUAUCACAGGAAGUACGGGAUUAAUUUUUCAUGUUUUUAUUUCUUCUCUUAUGUUUGGCAGGGAGAUGGCAAGAAUUGGAAGAGUGGUGGAGAAAUGAGUGACCCAGACAAGGAGGUAGAAAAGAUGAGCUUUUGGUGUCCUUGAUCUGCAGUAAAAGCUCUAUCUGAAAAAAAAAAAAUUGGUUCAAAAUAUUGCUUGUCAAAAGAAAGAAAACCUUCACAGGCAACUGAUGGGUUUAUUCACAUUGUCUCUCUGUAAAUCACUCAAAUUAGCCAUCUGCAAAUAGGCUCCCAUCUGUGAAACAUGGUAGCACUCAAUGUAUGCUUAGUUAACUGAAAAUAGAAAGUAAGAAAAAUCACAGUACAUUACGUAGCAUGUUUUUCCAACUUUUUGUGCCUUGAUGUCCACAAGGGCAAAUCAUAAUUUGAGGGUUGAAUGUUUAAAUCUCCCCAAAAUUCUUUUUCCCACCAAAUUUAGAGAAGCAGCCAGUGAAUGAUGUUCAUAUUUUUCUGUUCUCAGGGAUGGCUGAAGAAACAGGGACACAAUGUUGUGGCAGACUGGAAGAAAAGGUAACAGGACUAUGGAUGUUGAAAUGUUUCUUUAAGCAGUAAGUUAAUUCAACCUUCAAACAGUGACAUCCAAUUCUCAAUUUUUGUGUUACAUGUAGAUAUGUAGCUAUCAAGGGGGACAAGAUCUGUUACUAUGACACUUAUGAGGUUUGUUUCAUUUUCAUUUUUUAUUUUUUUAUUUUUUGAGGGUUGAUUUUUAGUAGUUAGUUCAUGUUUGGUAGUCAUGGUUCUCUUUGACAAGAAUGGUUUGUUGGGAGACAAUUUUAAACAAAAAUUCUAGUCUUAAUUCUUACAUGUUAACCCUUUAACUUCCAGGUCAAAUGCUUCAUUCUCCUUACUGUCAACCAUACAAUUCUUAUAAUGCUAGUUCAGAGAAUUAAGUAUUGAAUCAAGUAAUUAUCCUCAAAUUGAUAUUUUUCUUUAUUCUCAUAACUUAUCUGGUUGAUAUUGUGUUGAUAUUGUAAGGAGAAAGUCUGUCUUGGUGACUCAUGGGAGUUAAAGGGUUAACUGAUAAAAAGUUGUUACCAUAAGAACUGUUUUCAGUGCAGACAACAAUUGAUUGACCUCCUUGAUGUUCUCCCUUUUAAUUGCUACACAUUUCCCUGUAAAUAAUUUACGAGAAUUUGGUGGUAGAUCAAGAUAACAACUUCUACCUGAUAAGUUUGUGUAUUCUGAUCACCUGUUUGCUUGAUAAUGUAUGGAUGUUUUAGAGAGAAGUUACAUAUUGAUCACUUCCAGGGGUUUGCUAGAACCUCAAAAUAUUACAGUAUUUAAGUUUUAUUGUUUCUACAGAUUUAUUUAGGGAUUUUACUUGAAGUGUUUUGGAGUAUUUCAGGGCACAUUAUUAUUUCUCAUUUUCCCAUUGUUGCUGUAACUCACUGUAGAAAAGCACAUGGUCAUGUAUGUUCUUUUAAUUUAGGACUUUAUUUAUGCAACACCAAUAAAUUGCAUCAAUGCUGCUUUGGCCAAAGUGAAAACUGUUGACGGACAUAAGAACAGAUUUGUAAUAAUCACGUUCCACAAGUCUUAUAGGUUAGUUUUAUUUAUCCUCAUGGAUUUUUCUUUACACUUGUUUAAGUUGCCUUCAGUCAACCAUUUGCUGGUCACUUUUGGUGUAAAAAUGUGUGCUGAGAAGAUCUUGUAGAGUGUGACUGAAAUGUUCAUGAGGAGGCUUAUGUAUGAUUCUCAAAUGUAUUUUGUUUGAGUGUUUUUAAAGCCAAAUGAAAACAGAAUAAAGAUACUGUAUUAAGACCUUAAAAUAAUAUGGGAAAUUGUGAAUACGUUGGCCUACUGUAUGGUAUUGUUACUGCAAUAUUCAUCUACGAAUUACGGUAGGACAUGGAGAAUUGGAAAUGACUAAUUGAUGGCCACGAAUUUUGAUUGUUCGUAGUUUCCAAGGAGAUAGUGAAUUUGAUGCUUCCUCAUGGAUUGUUGCCAUAGAAACAGCCAUUCAGAUCGGACUUGGUGAUACAACGGUGAAAGAACUUUCUCUUAUAGAACUUUUGGCAGUAAACUAGGAUCUUGGGUCCUCCAAUAAGGCUCAAAAUUCUAGCCAUGUUGACCGGGUACUCAAACGUACCUUUCACCUGACGGAACUCCCAGGUAGAAGUGCUACACCACUAUCGAGUUUUUCUGAGAACACAUCGUCAGAGACAAAGGAAUUUAGAGGUGUAGCCAGUCAUAGCUGGAGGGGGCACUCUACAUGAGCGAUAAAUGGGAAAAUUUUUUAUUUUUUACGUCAAAGUAACUGAAUUGAGAGUUUCUUUUGAUUUGAGAUCCUUCUUCCACUAAAAAGAGGAAAGCAGAACAAUCAGUUGCAAUCUGGCGCCUGCAACCUGCUUCCCCGCAUGCUAAAAAAAAAUCUAGUGUGGUCUGACGAUGCCAACAAGGAUUUUUUAAUUAAUUACUAUUGUGGGUGUGUUACUGACCCCUCGUGUCUUUUGUAUUUCCCACUGUAGAUUCGUGAAAAAGUUUGGGAGAAUCCCAGUAACCGAUUUUGUGCAGACUGUGGAAUGAAAGGUUAAAUUUUGUAUUUAAUUCAAUGAUCAGUUACCUUUUGGUGGCCUGUUUUGUUGAAAUGCGUUUAACUUUAAUCAGCUGUUAUAGAACUCGGCGUCGAAGCAUCCGAAGCACUAUAAGGGAGGUCAGCGGUUCGACUCUUGCAAGCACCUCACUGUUACACAGGCUGAAAAAUUAAUCGAUGCUUCACUUCAUUAGAGCACACUUUAUCUAUUAUGACUUUUUUUUUUAAUUUCAGAUCCAGUGUGGGCAUCAGUCAACUUCUGUGUUUGUGUUUGUGCAAAAUGUAUUGGUAAGUUCAUUUCACAGCCUAAAGGUUUAUUGCAAGCUACACAAGUUUUACAGGAAAGUGCUGUUGGGUUACACCUCAUUGUGGUGCUACAGAACUGUGAGAAGAAAAAAAAUGAAACAAUAGCUUUCAUUUAGCGGGAGAAUAACCUCAGAUAUUUGUCCACGGAUAUGAUCUGUUCAGAGAGGCUCGUUAAGGAACAUGUUAUGGCCAAGGACAAAUAUACAAGCAUAAUUUUGAGCCAACUAGAGACUAUUGUGUAUAUGUCCAUCCCAAUAUUUUCUGCACCGCGCGGGACGUAUCUGAUCAACAACAUUUCCUUUCUUCAUGGAAUGUUGACUUUCCUGUGAUCUGCGGCAAGGUUCAUGAGCAAACUUGUCAGAGUCUUUUUCUGAAAGAAGAGCAGAAAGCUUUCUUCUAUGUAAUUAUUUCCACGACUUUGAUCACACCGUACUUAAAGCUUCAAAAUAGGGCAUAUCAUUUAAGGAUUACUCGCUAGUACUCCAAAGUUUUAGUUAAAGGAUAUUCCUUGACGUGAAGCGUUCGGACCAAUCGCGCAUGAGAGAAAAUAUUGGAUAAAUUUUCAUGUUACGCAUUACUUUUAUUUUAAAAGGUGUUCAUCGGAACCUGGGGGUUCACUGUUCUCGUGCACGUUCUCUUCUCAUGGACGAGAAGAUCUGGAACCCAGCUCUUAUAGAGGUAAGUCUAUUUCCGCAAGGAGCUUUUCUCAUUUGAAGCAUUUUGAUUAUAGGAUCAGACUUACAUAUAUGGUCACGGUGCCCUAAAGAAUCGUUGAACGAAUAGUAUUGUACUGAGGUCGUUAAAUUGUAUGCCUGUUUUGUAUACGCCUUGUCAUGGAUUUACAUAAGUGAAUGGUGGAAUAUUCUCGUAUUUGCCAGAAUCCUGCGAGAAUCUAGCGGAGGGGAUUUGAAAACAGGUUGAACAGAAAGUUCAUUUCCCCCACUCGUUGUCUAAUUCUUAUUGAUAUUUUGACGUUAGAAGUUCAAUGCUCAAUUUGAUCGGCAUGUACUCACAAGAUCAGGGGUGAAUGUUUAUCUCAGUAGGGUUUGGAAAAAUUUUCAAUUUAUAGAAAAAUUUAAACCAAAAAAUUUUCAAAUACAGUGCGACGAAACACCUUUAAUUUUGCCUUCUCUCUGUACACUCGCACGAGUUUGUCUCUCGCCGAGUGAUGAAAUGUGCCAUCACUACCAGCCAAUGACUUUUUUCAUUUGACAAUUCUCCUCAAAAUCUUGCACUAUUUCAACUUUUAUCUCAACACAGCUGAUGAUAAAAAUUGGAAAUGACAACGCCAAUCAACUUCUUGAACACAAGUUACCCGAAGACGACAAAAUAACACCAGAUGCCAAUGUGUAUGUAACCCUUAAAAAAACCUUUUGAAUUCUCCUUACUGUCUGCCAUACAGUUCUUGUGUUGUAAGUUCGGAGAAUUUGGUAUUAGAUCAACUUAUCCCCAAAUUGAUAUUUUUCUUUAUUCUCAUCUCUUGUCUGCUUGACAUUGUGUUGAUAUUGUAAGGAGAAAUUCUCUCUCGGUCACUCAUGGGAGUUAAAGGGUUAAGAGCCAGAAAAUACAGCAUGCAUGGGUGGGUAGCGGAGAGUGAUGCCCAGAGCCCGUAAGCGCCCCUUGAAAUCGUGUAACCAACCUUCCUUUUAUCGGAUGUUUAUGUGGUAUCGACACAGAUCAGGAUUGCGUCUUAUUACUAAAUUUUGUCGAUGAAGUAAUGCAGCUUUCGUAUAUUCGGGAGCCGUAACUUCUUACAACCAGAGUGAAACUUUGAUUUUCGCUGUCGUUCAUUUCCCCAUUUUUGCAUUGAUGUGAACUGAUCAUUUAUGUUUUUGAUACGUUCUUUUUUGUUGUAUCUCUGUUCGAACCAUGUGAGGGAAAUCAAGCAUAAAUAUUUCUCGUCACCGUUUGCAAUAAACAUGUCUCCAAAUGUAUUUAAUUGUUAGAUUAGCGAUCUUCUGUCUGUACUGUUAUCUACUAGUUUCGUUAAUUUAGAAGUAUGAUUUAUGCGUUCCCAGCAAGUUAUCAUAUGUUUCAGUUUGUUGACAUGGGAAAAGGGAAAUUUCGUCUAGCCAUUUACGAGAUUCAAACAAAAAUAUGCACAAGCUAAAACAAGAGAAUAGGCAUGGAAAACAAAUAAUGAAAACUUCAUUCAAAGCCUCAAUCCCGGUAACAGCGAGCCAACUGAGCAAUACCGUUAAGUAUUGCAAAAAGCCAUACCAAUUUUUAAAUUUAUUUUAGUGCGGCGAGACGAGAGUUCAUCUAUUCCAAAUACUGGGAAAAGAAAUACGCCAAAUACCAUCAAGCUUUUGGAGAUCCUGAGGCGCUAGGAAAGGUACAUUUUGUAAUAUUUCAAGACAGAAGUUAGGCGGGGGAAACUUCGUCUCCGUUUACUUCCUUAAUGCGUGUGAAGUGUCCGCCAAAACUUUGGUAGGAAAGCAAUUUUUGAAACACCUAAACUGUCGCUAAGCGGUCAUGUGAAUAAGUUCUCGGCGAGUCUUUGGCGGGAAGGCAGUUUUAGACAGCGAAUAGUCACUGUAGUGGGCAGUUGUGUGACACGUGCGUGUUUCCCGCCAGUUCUGUGGCUAGCAGGCAGCGUUACAGCUGAUUCUGUGGCCUGAGGUGUGAUCCGUAUCAGACUCCCGCCAAAAGUGUCGCACUACUAAUGCAUACUUUGCACCAAAUCUGUGGCUGCCAGGCAGGUUUUAACAGCUGAUUCUGUGACUUGCGGUGUGAUCCUUAUCAGUCUCCCGCUAAAAAUGUUGUCAGCUGCCCGAAGGAGACCUUGACUCUAAAUUUGUUAUAUCUUGUGUUGUAAAAUCGUUAAACGAACUUUGAGUUAAUACAUUAAUUUUAAUUUUACCGACCGGUCUACCGCCUCGUUUGUAGUUUCUCACCUUACACGUGUCAAAUAUAUUUUGAAACCGCAUUAAUUGCAUUUUGUUUUGUUUGAACCGGACGCAGUUUGUUAUGCACAUUACCAAUGGUCAUUUUCGAGUUUCGCUUUGUUUUGGUGUAGGUCUUGCGGGAUACUGUGGUCACAAAGGACAUUUUAUCCACCAUGGAACUAAUUUUAAACAAAGUGGAUGUAAGUCAAUGAUCCUAGACUUAUUAGCCUUGACUUUAUUUAUGGGUGGAAUACAUUUUUAUCCUCGGAAGUUAUCCUUUCGAAAGGAUUUUUAAUUUUCCACAUCGAAAGAUGAAACGCUAUAAUCAUUUAUUGCUGUAUAAUUUAAUUAAUUUACUCCUCCGUAAAUAAGCGCGGCUAAAAGUUUUUCUUACCAGUGGCGAAACAAUUUUGCGAGCAUUAUACAAGAAAAUUAUCGGUGAGACAUGCAACAGAACUAGUAGGGGUGUGGCGAUAAAAUCGAGUUAUUUUUACUCUGAAGAUAUAUAUUAUUUUUUCAGUUUUCAUAAUGGAUGCUUUCAAAAAUGUCCACUUUUAAUCUCUUUUAAUUUUUUUCUCUUUUCUUUGCCAGGUUCGUUACGUUGCCUCAGAUGCUGAGGACGAAAAAACGCGUAAGUUGUGAAAAUCUUUCAUAUCCUUAGGAAAUAGAUAUAUAAGUUCCCUGCUUUCAAACCAAGUCUAGAAACAGUUCUUUUUUAGUUUUCAAUUUUCAAUCCGGUUUCCCUUUCGCCAACAACUAAAGAGAACGUAAUGGGCUGUAGGGUAUAUUUCAGUAGAAAAUUUUGAAAGUAGAUACAGUCGAACCUGUACCACGGGGAAUGGCGGGGAAAAUGCUUGAUGCAGGUUGACCGCUAAAUACAACUCCACAUAAUAAUAAAAGAAUAAAAAACGCAGUUUUUCUUAACAGUCUUAUGAAGAAAGAUAAUCGGCAAUGUGGAGAAGACAUUUGAACUCAAAGUAGUGACAAUGAUUUCGGGAGAUAAACAUGAAAUAAAUUCGACUUGAGAGAUUAUUCUUAGUAAUAUUUUAGUGGUUCCGCUUUAAGUGAUCGUUCAAUACAGGUAGAAUACAAUACAAACAAGCUGUUGGGACUCAGUCAAAGGUGACUACGACCCUCUAAUAGAGGUGAUCGCUUAGUAGAGGUGAAAAUUAUAGUAACUACGGGGAAAAAAGUUCGCGACUUUGACAACCGACUGCUUAGAAAAGAGUGACCGCUUAAUAAGGUGCCGCUUAAUACAGGUUCGACUGUAUCUCGGUUGAAAGGCCUAAGGUAAAUGGUGAAUGAUUUUCUACGCUGAGAUUGUAAUUUUGAAAUUUUUUUUUCUUUUUUAAUUGGACAGCGCUCGAACUGGCGGAAGAAGCUGGACAAACUCUUCAAGCAGUGAGUACUUUGUGUAGGAGUAAAUUGUGUAUUGUUUCUCGACUUGCUGAACGCCGGCUGAAAAACCGCUUGUUUUAAUGACGUUAAAGUUUACUUGUUUUCAAGAUCUCCUGAUGUUUUUCAUUCAUUAUUUAAUUUAGGAACUGCUCCGACAGAAUGGUGGAGAAGGUAUGUGUUGUCUUGAUUUUUUUCUACUUUUCUUCCUUGUCUUUGUCAUUUUGGAAUCGUUUGCAAGUUGUGCAAAGGAAGAGGUCUGACUCUUGCGUUCUUCUCUAGGAAAACCUGAUCAGAACCUAGGUGAUGACCAAACAGCGACGCUUAAUACUGAGGUAAGAUUGUAGACUGUCAUGUCUGUAAUACACGAUAUGGUAUUGAUGGACACAUUCAGCGCUGUUCAUCAAUUGUCGUAAAGCAAACCCAAAGUACACACAGCGGCCAAUCAGAACGAAGAGGAAUACCUGAAUGAGCCAAUAAAAACUUGAAUCAACCAGAUUCUAGCGCGGGAAAACGCCAGAAUUAUUUUUUGCAUCUUAUUGGUUGAGAAGGUGGCACAAGAUUUCAAGACACAAGUGGAAUAAAAUUUUAAUAAAUUGAUGCAAGUAUGGAUUACUUUCGACAAUCAAUUUUAAAUUGUAAAAAUUGUGGAUUGGAUCGAUGUUUUCGUCAUAUUUUACUCUUUAGUACUGAUAAACAUAGGUAAUUUCAUUUCGUCAUCCCAUAAUUCCAAUAGUCCUUUUAAAUCAAACCAUGUUGAUUGUUUCUUUGACAGGCUUCUCAGAGUGCUCCCAUCGAAAUAGUUUAUGAAAAAGAGGGAUUCUUGCAAAAGAAAGAAGGAGUAAGUUUUAAACGCUCUGAUUUUAGAGACGAGGUGAAAAGCGGACGCGCAAGAAUGGAAAGCGAAAACUGAGGUUGCAGUUCGGGAUCAAUAUCAGUAUCUGGGCAACUGCCCACCUACCCCUCCCCUAACUCAACAACAGUCAAUUGACAACAAGUUAAGGUUAAUGUUGGGUUAGGGGAGGGGUAGGUGGGCAGUUGCCCAGAGACUGAUGUUGAUCCACAGUUCGUGUCAAGGAAACUGUUGUGUUGUUUUGCAUUUUGCUUGGCUCUCCCGCGCACAGUCGCCAACACCAUAUUCCGCGUCCAUUUUUCUCUUAUCUCUACUGAAUUGAGCCUGCUGAGCUUGUUUAAGAUCAAAUCUCCUCACCAAGGCCCAUAACGUUCUAAUGUUACUAGCUUGCUGACAUCUGCGAUUUCAUAUUUUGUUGUAGAGCUGGAGAAAAAGGUGGUUUUUGUUGAAAGACAGGCAUUUAAAGUAUGCCAGAGGGGUUAGUGGAAAUUUUAUCGUUGGUUCAUUUCUUCAGGGAAAGAAAAUCGAGUUUUGUAAUUGCUUUUGUUUGAAUGAUAAAUCGAUUUUGCUAAAACUGCUGGCUUACUUGUUCGCAGCCACAUGACAAGGACGAUCUUGUUACGAUUGACCUUAGAACAGUGACGUCACUAGUGAGAUGUCCCAAGGGAGAGCAGUUACAACUGGAUAUUGUUACGGUUGACAAGUAAGAAGGGUUUUGCAUUAUUCUUUACGCGCAUUAACUUCGGUUGUCACUUUCUCUAGACUGUUCUGUAUACAUUUCCUAAGGUGCUAACAAGAAGGAUUUGUUUAACAACCAAAAGAUUCUUUAGUUGCUGAUCAUUUCCCUUAUUCUCGUGACCCUAAUGUAUGAUUCAGGGAUGAUAUUGUAAGGACAGAGGAGAUCCUAGUCACUCUUAGGGGUUAAAGUGUUAAAUGUGUUCGUUAAUUGCCUUCAGGUCCUUAUUUGAGAGAGUUUUACUCGCAAAAGCGUACUAAUUAUCUAAGAAAAUGUGAAACUGGACCUAAACAUUGAUUUUUUCUGUACAAAAGAAACGGUGACCAGAAGUUCCUCUCUAUUGUAACUUCGUUCUCUACAAGUUUGCCCACACAACGACGAGUCGCGAAUCCGGGAAAUACAUAUUUAUUUUUCGUUUUUUAUAGAACGCAUAGUUUGAAGGCUGAUAGUGAAGAGGAAUUGGAGGGCUGGUACUCAGCUCUGAGAAGCAAACAGGUAAGAGUCUGGGACUGAAAGAACUGAGUAAUUUAGUAUUAUCGACCGGGUUGAUAACGUAAAUUGGCCACCGUGAAGAGUUUCAAAACUGACAUUUCGAGCGUGAGCCCUUUUCAGAGCGAAUGGAGAAAUUGUUGGGGGUGUGUGUGUUUAUAUACGUGUUUUUCUGCAUAUAAAAGCCACAGUUUCUUUAGAAACUUACUCCCUUUAUUGAAAGAAAUGACUCAACUUUUAUUAAUUGGUAUUGUGUAACCAGCGCAUCCACCUAAUUGAAACUAUUUAUUUUCGCAGGUUUUUGGUGUUCUGCUUUGUCAGCAAGGGCUUGGUUCUGAUGGCAUCCCACACUUAGUGGCAAAGUGCUUGCAGUUUGUCGAAACCUAUGGUAAUUCUUUUUUUUCUAGGCGGAAAAUUGAUGUCAAAUGAUUAGUGUGACUACAGACGCGCCCGAUUUAAGAAAGCAGCUAAUGCACCAAUUAAAUUUGAGGAAUUUGGUAUGGUUAUGAUUAACGAUGUCAUAACCGAUUCUAUGAAAUAUUUUCGAUCACUCCAGGUGGCCUCGAGAUGGAAGGAGUUUAUCGUGUGAAUGGUGGGCAGUUGACAAUGAAAAAACUGAGAACUUCCUUUGAUCAAGGUAUCAAAUUUGUCUAAAAAUCCAUAGUGAUUUGUGAUUUGAAAAAGAACUGUAGUUCAUUAUGUUGGACUUUUCGUGUUGUCUCAUACCGAGGUAUUGGUAUCUCUCCUUAGACGCUGGUAGCGUGUUGCUAACUUUGGAUGAAUGCGGGGUCCAUGACGUCACUGGAGUACUGAAGCAAUACUUGCGACAACUUCCCGACCCAGUCAUCCCUGGCACCAUGUACAAGCAUUUCAUUGCAGCUGGCUGUAAGAAUCAAUUUUUUUUGGGGGGGGGAGGGGGAUAAAUAGAUUGUGUUGAACGUCGUGGGUAUUUUGAACGAGAUUUCUCUGGAUCGUUUAAUAACAGCAUUCUGUGUUGGCUCUACAAAGCUCGCACUGCUCUUUCACGACCCGUCAGAUGUAGUAAUCAUGUCUUGGUUGUGCCACACCUUGCACGAUUUUUAUGGUGGUUGCGCCUUUCACUGCUCGCAUAUUUUCCCGCGCUUGACAUUUCUCACGUUUUUUCCUGCGCGUCUUCAGUGCCCUCGGCAAGUUCUCUUGUUCUUUCGUAUUCUAUAGCUCUGUUAGUUUCUAUUGCUCGCGCAACGUUGUAAAAGCAAUUAAUAAAGAUAAAGAUAUGACCCAUUUCUCAUUGAUUAGUUGCCAAACCACGGUCAAAAGUACAUUGGGUUUCCCUGCACUUUUUACCCUCUGCCAUCUUCAUGUAUUUCGCGAGCACUAUGCAAUUUGCCGAAUAAGAGAUUCUUUCGGAAGGUAGUGCAUUAGAUACUACUCGCAACGGGGCGUGGUAAUUCAUGAUAAUGUAGUUGUUUAUGGCAAUGUAUCAUUUCUUGGCUAAUUUAUCCUUUUAUUUACUUCUUUCCUUAGCGAUUCAAGACCAUAAUACAAGACUACAGACAAUUAAAUCUUUAAUCAACCAGCUUCCUAAAGUGAACCAUGGAACUCUUAAGGCGAUUAUCUCUCAUCUGACUAAGUAAGUGUAGGGACAAUAGAGGUUGCGCUCUAUCAAAAUCGAACUAGAAUCACCGUAACACUUCUUAGUUUUACUUUCGCGUGGCCUUGGAAGACCCAGCGGCCUGGGGUCUAGGGCAGAACUUAGGAUUGGGAAGUCCAGUUGGAACACCGACCAGCGGGUCGUCUUGUUUUCGUACUGAUCUCCACUCUCCACCCAGGGGUAUAACUGGGAGCUGGCGAACUGUCAGAGAAACCUGACGAACUGCUGACGAGGGGGAAACUGCGAUGGAUAAGCUUCUUAAACUAAAAAAAAAUAUAUAUUCUCUCACUUUCUUUUAUGUGUCAUUACUUGGGGUUUGGGGACAUAGUUUAGUCAGAAAAGCUACAUCAAACAACAAUGACUUGUCAACUGAUCUUAACGCUCAAGGCGAUAAGUUGCUCUGUUGAUUACAUCUUGGGAGUCGUUAAUUACCUCGUGGGAGUUGUUGUAUUUAUCGCCUGUUCCAUGGACAGUCCAAAUCAAUUUUUUUUGUGACUUUUGCGAAGAACGAAUCAGCUUUACAAGGGAUUAUAUACGAGAGAUUUAUUCAGGUUUUGUUUUGCCAUGUCCUAAUAUUGGUUAUUAAUUUUUUUCUUCCUUUUCAGAGUGACCGAGCUAGUUAGUGUCAACAAAAUGGGAGUGCCCAAUAUUGCCAUGAUCUUCGGUCCUACUUUGAUGUCCAAUGAAAGCGUAAGCAUCGUUCAUAUUGUUGCUGGAACAUAAUUCGGUAACGAAAGUCAUCGAAGAAUCAGUGAAUAGUUGGUGAACACAACUUGAAAAGCUUUUUUUCUUACAGUUACUUACAUUUGUAAAUUCUAUUGAACUCUCAAAGCUUCUUAUUUAGCCUUCCUUUUUUACUUUUUACGGCUUCCUUUUUCACAUUGAUUGAUUGACCGUGUUUCAAUUGUCUUCAUCUUUUAUCUUUUUCAAUUAGACUGGGCGAAUGGACGAUUCCUCAAUUAAUCAGGAAUUCUCCAUUGUUGGAGACAUGAUCACGUAUUAUAAGUGGCUCUUCGACGUAAGUAUGAGAUAGUUACCUUCUGGUAUAGACCUGGUUCAUAUUUAAAAAAAAUUUUCCUGCUUACUCUUACUAUUGGAUAAGAAAGGAGCUAAAAAUGGGUUCUAUGCAAGUGUCAGGGAUGCCAGAAAAAUCACUGGGAGAGGGGAGGGAGGUGGUCAACCUUCGAUGGAUUAGGAUCCCACCUCAGAGGGGUAGCAUUAGUUUAUGACGCAAAGCCUGCAUUCAAUUCCGAAAGCCACUCUUGUCAGUCUUGUAUGCAGACUCUACUUCAAAGAUAAAGCGGUAGAAUUCAUUGCCUCACUUUUGUGGAAGACUUUAAGAAAAUUUGACGCAUCAGCGAAACUGUGCUCUUUCGUAAACAAGUGGAACUUUGGCUCCCACCAGUGGGAUAGUUACAAUAAUGAUUAAUUUUCUAUCUUUUUUUUUUCAAGGUGAGUGAGGAAGAAGAAGAGAAAGCCCAGGUUCGAACGAAGCAUUUACUUAACCAAUACCUUGUCAUUAGAUUCGUUGUGUUCUCGGGUAUCUUUGCAGUGUUUUCAAUUUUGUUUUCUUAUUUAUUAAUUAGGUAAUCGAAGAAGCCACUCAGAAGAUACGAGAAUUGAUAGAAUUGAAGGUAACACUUUUGCAACAUAAGCAAGCUUUCUUAGCUUUUGGUCUUAGUUUUUAGUCCUAGAGCGCGCCUCGAUGGAGUAACGAAAACAACCAAUUAUAACGAAGGAAAAUAUCACAAGACCACGAGCGCGGGAAAACGCGGAUCACCAAGUCACGUGGUUUUCAAUUUUGCUUCUCAUAUUGGUCUAGUAGUUGGAGUGGCUCUUCUAGACCAAUCACAGAGCGUCUGAAAUCAAAACCCAUACAAUCUUGGAUUACUUUUGACACUCAAUUAAAAAUUGUUUUCUUGCAGUUCUUAGUUUUAAAACUACGCCAUUUCCUGUUUUUUUUUUUCGUUUCAAUCCGAUUUAUUUCUUAAACAGAAAUUAAUCCUCUCUUCUUUUCCGGCGAAUAAUGUUUUUAACUAAUUUUUUUUCUCACAAUGUACAGGACAAACAAAACAAUUCCGGAGGAGAAUUCACUUUGGAUAUUUACGUAAAAGAGAAGAAUGACAAUCCACAUUUAAUGAAGGUAACACAUCCUCCCUGGUGUUUUCCUGAUCAAUAAUUAGCUUUUCUCGACAGUAUCAGUUUGUUUAAGAGCUGACAGUUAUUUAGAAUGAAUAAAUACAAUUUAUGUAAAGUAGGAACUAGCAAAGCUGCAAAUGACGAAGUUUAAAUCUUUCGUGAGAUGCUUUAACUGCAACGCAGCUCCAUAAGAACACUAUGUCGGUUCGUAAGGAGAAUUAAGGUUUUGGACUGAUUGGAAAUGUUUCCCUCUCAGGUUUCGUCUGAGAUGACAGCAGGAAGACUUCGUGCAGAGAUCGUUUCUCAAAAGGCACUAUCGCCCGAUAUCGACUGGGUGCUGUUUGAGGUUAUCGAUAAUGGUGCCAUGGGUGAGUGUUGUUUCCAGUCUCCUGUCACCUCAUCUAUAGUACUCUUCCAUUGUAUCUAGAAACACAAAUCAAAGUAAUCACAAUGGCCAUGUAGAACAAAGGAACAUAUCACAAGCAAAUGAGAAGCUAGAAAACUGCGUGGAAAUUGGAAAACCUCGCGAAAACAAAACGCGAGUGGGGCGAGGAGCGAGUUUUCUCGAAAUCUUGAAGUGGGCUCUGAAGCGAAUUUAGAAUAAUUUUGGGUUACUUUUAAUUCUCAAUUGAAAAUUGCUCCUCCUCUAACAUGUUCAAACCUUUUUAAGUAACAUGCCCGUUCAAAAUUAGUAUUUAUUUCUUAUUUUGUGUGUUCUCCAUCAGAGCGAGCGUUUCAAGUCAGAGAGAAGGUCAUGACCGCGGCAAACUGGGGGAGUGGGAACUACUUGAUCGUCAAAGAGAAUUACAUCGCAGAACAGAUUGCUCCAUAUGUAAAUAUUUUACUUAUUCUCUACGAAAUAAUUUACUACAAACUUCUGUUUCGAGGAGGUCCUCAUGAUUCAUUAAGUGACAUUUUAAGAGACUUCAGUGCGAUUGAAAUUUGAGGCUAUAACUGAUGACCUUAUCAUUAAUGCUUCUGUAUUUAGUGGUUAAAUUAAUGUCUUUUUACGCUGUCCAUAUGGGACUUUAGAUUUGCCGCAAUAUUGAUUUGAUUUCAGCGAUGCUUGAUUUUGCUUAAUUAUGAUGUACCUGGAAAAAUGCCUCAACUGCUGCAUGAUUUUCAGUUUCACGCUCGCAAGCAGGAGUAGUAACAGUGAUCCAGUCAAUCCGGCUGCAUUUGGUAUUCUUCUUAGAGUCGUUUUAUUUUUGGAGGAGUUUAAAAGUCUUCUUAUCACAAGAAAACUUACUUGAACACGACACAAUCUACAAAAAGGUAGUUUGACCAGAAAGAAAAGAAACAACAUGGGACGAAUCUACCAAAGAGGAAGGAAGAAGGCCAAAGAUAAACAUAGAUGGAUAACAAGAUUAAAUUUUGGUUAAAUCUUUCUUUUAAGAUGUACAGACCGAGAUGUAGGUCCCCUGAAAAAGUUUCGAAUGUCUUGUUGAUGUAGCUGUCCUUGUUUUUAAAAGUUUGUUUUUUCAAUGGUGAUAGUGGUUUUAUUUUUGUGUUUGAUUGUUUUUUUUGUUGUUCAUCUGUUGUCAGGUCGGUAUCCUCUCGAUCGAAGGCUCCCUCUACAUCCGGGAUCCUAAAAAGAAUUGGAAACCGAGUCUCGUGUGUCUGAAGAAUGGCUACAUGUCGGUCAACAAGGAACGUGGGGUACAAACUAUUCCCUUUAUUACAAGUUCUUUUUGCAUUUGACGCUUUGUUUCCAAAAUUGAAGCGAUUUUAUUUGUUUUACUUUGUUUGGUUUUUCUUUACCUUUAGUCAAUUUUACGAGCCAUCAAGUCGGACAAAUCAGACUCAGAACAAUGGCCACUGCAUAAACUAACCUUGUAUGUGGGUAUUCCAGCCGAGAAAGCCACAAAAACACUGGACACGAGGUAAUCAGUUAUUCUGACACAUGACGAUCCACAACUGGAUUUGUGAGGUCGCGUACAUUGCCUAUCAAAAGUUGUUGAAAGAGAAUAUUAAAACUUUUUCUCGAACCUGAGGCAAAGCAAAAAAAAGGAAAAAUAAGAAUAAAAAAGAGUUUCCUAGGAGAAUUCAAACCCCAGAUCUUCCGAUUUUCGCGUUGAUAUUCUAUACCAAAUGAGUUACAAUGAGGUAUGUGUUUGGCGAAGCAGGCCAUUCAUAUUUGUUUUUACGGCUGCUUUUUAUAAAGUAAUUUUUAAACUAAAUUGAACCCGAGAACACUGACAUGAUCAUUAGAAUAGCAUAUGCAUAAUUUUUUGCGUUAGUUGUCAACAACUGCCGAGCUCUUCUACACUAUAGUAGAGGAUAUGAGAAAGUAACCUUGUGUGAGCGUCAUUUUUGGCUUAAUCUUUGCGCAAAUCUUCUUCGCGCUGAAUCGUUCAGAUAGCGCGUAUAAAAAAGUAUUGGCGUGCAUUAGCUUGAACUGCAUUCAUAAGCAUUGCUCUGUAUUCUGUUGGCUGAUUAUCAUGAAUUUUUUGGUCAUUUUAUUCUUCUUAGUUGCGGGUUCACUGUUGUGGUUAAAACAGAUCAGGAAGACAUUGUCAGGUUUGUAGAAAACAGUCAAGAACGUCCAGUAUUGCAGAUUUAAUCAGACCUAGAGCAUCUUUAUGGCUUCGUCUGUUGUUACUUGGGAGAAAAGGAAGGCAGGAAAAGAAAGCGGGGGAAGGGAGGGUUAAGAAAAGAGAACGAACAGAUUACUUUAGGGGAGGAGAGAGCAAGGAGAACACAAGGGGGGGCGGAGGAAAGAGAAGACACUCUCAGAGGUAAAAAUAUGGAUUAGGUCAGGCACGUCGGAGUGAGAAAUUUCUGUUCUCUUGCGCGUGUUUCCUACAUUAUUGCCAAGUGUGUGCGACGCGGGCAAGAUGUAUUUAGAUUUGAUUUACAAACAUUUACAGCUUUAGACGCUAAAUUCGAAUCAAACGAUUUUGUUAAUGUUUUCGCUGUAGGUAUAUGUGUGCCAAAGACAAGGAUGAUAGGAACCGUUGGUUGGCUGCAACACUGAACAUGAAGGUACAAAAAGAAUUCAGUUGAAACUAAUUCUGGGUUUACUCUAACACUGUGGUCUUAAUAAAUAUUUCUAGUCGCGAGAAAGAAGAGUGACAAAAUAUAUUGAGUCGAGCCGUGUUCAAGGUUUCAAUUUUUUUGUUCGAGUUCUUUAAGAUAUGCGAAUAGUUCUUUGUUUCAGGGGAGAUCCACAUCAAUUUAUUCUUCGCUGCAUGUUCUUUGAAAUAUUGCGAAGACAUUCAACUAAAAACCAGACCUCCCGUUGAGCUGCAUUCAGGGGCAAGCAGAAUACCUUGACGCAGAUUAAAGAAAUUUUCAAUUGAGUGUCAAUCAACCAAUACCAAAAUAAUCCCAGAAACCAAUCAGAACCAAGGUUACAUCAUCAUUAGCCAAUGAGAACUCAAGGUGAAAACAAGAAAACUGCUUGAAGCGCGGGAAUGACCAAGACUCCACUGCUUAUAGUUUUGUGCCUGAUUGGUUAAACGAUAACUAGCACGUAUUUACUAGACCAAUCACAGUGCAAAGGUGGAAAAAGCCAAAGAAGUCUCGGAUAACUUUCGACAUUCAUUUGAAAAUUGCUCCAAAGGUGAUAAAUCAACAGCUACAGUAAGAGAAAGUUUCCAAUAACCACAUGGAAAGUGUUUCCUAAAGCAAAUCAGCAGUCCGUCUCACGCAAGCCUUUUUCGAAUUUUUUUUUUUCAGCAUCCUGAAGGCAUUUGGUCAGAUCCCACACAGGACUCAGAGGUGUUAUACUCCUUGGUGGGUCCAAAGGUAAAAAACAGUCUUCGUACAACAAGAUAUGAAAAGAGAUCUACAAAUAUUUUUGAUCUUCCGGAAUUGUUGUUGAAAUUAACCUCUCAAAUGCGUUAUGCUGUUUUAAAAGCAAAGGACAUUGCUUAAAAAAAACUAUAAUUUGAGUACAAAAUAACAGAAUAACAGAAUACAAAACAAGCUCAAAUAACUUCGAGAGGUAAAAAAGCUUAGAAGUGACCUAAUUUCCCCAUAAUUCCGUACUUAAUUCUGCAUGGGGAUUGCUGAUAAAGGUAACUACUAGUCUAAACGGCGACAACAAUAGAUUACGUUUCGGACAGAGGCUUUGUUUGAGAAUUGUAUGGGGUUACAUGGAAAUCUUUUCUUUGCUUCUACCAGCGCUAAACAUUCUUACUAAGUUUGUUUCUUUAAACAGGGCGCACAGGGAGAUGAUUCGCCUUUAUUCCUUGGAAGACAGGUUUGUUACUUAACCAAAUAAUUUGGUCCUAUCAACUGAGUUGAAAAUGUAAAUUGGCCACUGUAAAGAGUUUCUAAAACUAACGUUUCGAGCGUCAGCCCUUCGUCAGCAAAAGACGAAGGGCUAACACUCGAAACGUAAGCUUUAGUAUGUGAGGCCCUCUACAGGGCCUCACAGAAUACCACUUUCCAGUGACGUGGGCUCCCUGUGUAAAGACUGUUACUAUUAUAUUAUUAUUGUAAUUAUUAUCUCUUUACGGUGGUGAAUUUAUAGAGUCAAAUUAUCUUGUUAUAUCUCCUAACGACGCAGCACCACAGUUUCCCUAGAAACGUACCCCUUUUAUUCAUUUGUUACUGAGCCAUUUGAUAUCUUUAUCGUAUGGUGUCCUCCCUUUGUCAAAUUACCUUUUUGAAAUUAUUUUACCUUUUUGAAAUUAUUUUUUAUCAUUGAUAUUUGGCAAUUUCUGUCAACAGUCAGUACAUCUUCGACGGCAAGGCUCCACGAAGCACAUCGUGGACGAGCUCAGAGUUCGGCAAAAGUCCUUAAGACGUCCCAAAGAUAGAGGCCCUAAGACAUGAGCCGUAGGAUCCAUUAACUUUUUUGUGUGUGAAGCCUAGAAAGAAAAUAAAAUGCAGAAUUUUUAUUUCAAUGGAAAUUAAAAAUCGAAUGUGCACAUGUGGAAAUAGAGAGGAAAAAAUUGGCCAUUAGAAUUUAAGCUAGUGACAAUAAUUUGUAAGGAUAAUAAAUGGUAACACAUUCGUGAUCAGAAAAUGAAAAUAAUUGAAAGUAAAUAUCAAAGUUUAUUAGAAAUGGGUUCUACCUGUUCAUACAUUAGUUAGGAUGCAUCAGAAAAAACGAGUUUGACAAACUCGUAAGAGGUUAAAAUUAGAAUUGAAAUUUUGUACGCGUUGCAUUCCUAGAUUGUUUCGAAGGAAAUUGGGGAACAAGCAAUAUGCUUGUCAUAGGGGAGCGUGAAACUCGAGGAGAACGCGGAAUGGAGCGUUAAUCACGCGAAACCAAGCAAACCCGUGUCAGUAGUUAGGAUCCACGCAAGCUUCGCGUGGUCACGUGCAACUUAAGCCUUGCAAGUUUUAAAGUGAUCCACGCCAAAGUCGCGUCAAACGCGUUCCACGCAGAUCUUGACUGUUCGUGCUUGUAUCUGAUAAAGAAUUUCGUUUUUUCAUUCAUUUUUUUUCGCGUAAACGUUAUAACCCGGGUAAGUUUGAAAACAUUUGAAACUUUCAUUCCCUAGUAAACCAACUUUCUGAUAUAGACGUUUGUAACAGUAAUCUUCACUCGUGGUAAACAUUGUUCAAAAUUUCGUACUCUUCAUCCUGUUUGUAGACUUGCCAAAUUUAACAGAAGUAGCACUUACAGUCAUGAUCAUGAGAGCAGGGUUUGCUGUUAAGACCUCUUAGUCAUGUCAUCAUUUUACUUUGUAUUGCGAUAAAGAAUGUAUUUUUGUAUCGUUUUGAAAAUGUUGCCAUUACGCUUUGAUUACAAUUAACAAUGUUUUCUACGUGUAAACGUUAACCAACUUUCUAGUUUGUUCUUUUUUUCUCAUAAAGGACAACUAAUUUUUUACAUAAUUGAACUUUGAAGUGGUCAAUAAGGAGUUAGUGAUUUGGUAACUAUAGUCAAUGCAAACUGACGUCAAAUCAUGAAUCUGGUCCCUAGUGUCAUGUUAAAGCUUUAGGGUUUGUAUGGGAUAUGACCAACAGUAGAACAGCCAGGAAAAAUUACACAAAGAGAAGGCAUCCCAAAGUCUCUUAUGGUUAGUUCAAUAUAAUUAUCUAGGAUUGGUUAACACUAGUCAUGAUGGCAUACAGAUUUACAGAGCUUUAAAUUGAUAAUGAGUUAUUCAUAAGUAUUUGUUUUUUUUUUAAGACAGAAAUAUAGAUAUAUGUCAGCCAUUAUUAUUUUUUUGGUUAUUUUUGUACAAAAAAAAAUGUAAGGAUUUUUAUCUUUGGUAUAACUCAGCUUCAGU